GGAGGGAGGACGGAUAAACGGCGCUGACGGUACCGGAUUUGAUACACGAAGUGGGGAGGAAUGCUACGGUGAUUUCCCUCUUUUCUCUCCCGACACCCACCUCCUCCUUACCACCACCACCACUACUCCUCUUCAUCACUUCAAUCUCGGAACCUUAUCAAGACGCACUACUGCUCCGUCUUUUAACCCUCUCUUUUUUUAUUCAUCUUUGAACCCAGCUUGUUUGGUUUGGUGUUUUUUGCCUCUGCGCUCCAGCGGAUAAAAAAAAUAGGAGAAAGAACAUUUUGGGUCCGGGGAGAACCGACUUGGCUCUGCUUAGUUUUCACCCCCUCUCCUCCAAGCGCACACAAAAAGACACACUGGGGUUUUAAUCAGUGGAUGUGUUGGACAUCUGAUAUAAGAAGCAAUACAAGUUGAAAGAAGUGAGCGUUUCCUACUGGCUUCUAUGUAUUGGGGAAAUUUCCUUGGGCAGACGGGCUGCGCACGGAGUCUUUCACUUCCAAGGCAUAUCUGUGUCUCUGAGCAGAGGAGAAAACCCUCAUCGUAUCCGACACCAGUAAUGAGCUAAAGGCUUUGUGAUCGGAGGAGAGAGGGAGUGAACAAACACUGAGCGGGAAAAAGAAGAAAAAGAAGAAAGAGAAGAAGAACAGUAGUGACGUGAAAGUUGGUGAUGAGUAUCCGCAGCAACAGGCUCCAUCUAAGCUAAUGAACUAGAAAUUCAUCAACAAAAUUUUGUUAGCAAAACCAGGAUAUCACCUCAGUGGGAGCGGAGCUCCACUGAGAGGAACCAGAAAGUAGGGGGCGGAGUGAAGUGCACACUAGCUCAGUGGAAAAGAUGGCGAUGCUGAUGAUGAAGCGGCAGGGCUUUGGGCUGCUGAGGACCUUCCUGGUGUUGCUGGGAGUUUCUGCGCUCUGUAGCGUCGCAUUAGGAACCCGGAAAGGAAAUGCUUCCUUGGAUCAAAGGAGCCACAGACACAGACAUCCAGGUCACUUGUCCUUGCAUAGACACAAACAGAGGGCGGGGAAGGAAGGGCAGGUACUCCACAGGUCCAAACGAGGAUGGGUCUGGAAUCAGUUCUUCGUCAUUGAGGAGUACACUGGACCUGAUCCAGUUCUGGUGGGCAGGCUCCACUCAGACGUAGACUCAGGCGAUGGCAACAUCAAGUAUAUCCUUUCCGGUGAAGGUGCAGGAACGAUCUUUGUUAUUGAUGACAAGACGGGCAACAUCCACGCCACAAAAACCCUGGACCGUGAGGAGCAGGCCCAGUACACUUUAACAGCCCAGGCAGUGGCCAGAGACACAAAUAAGCCUCUGGAGCCUCCAUCAGAGUUCAUUGUGAAAGUACAGGACAUCAACGAUAAUCCUCCUGAGUUUCUACAUGGGCCGUACUAUGCCAGGGUGCCUGAGAUGUCUAAUGUUGGUACAUCAGUGAUGCAGGUGACAGCUACAGAUGCUGAUGACCCCACCUACGGCAACAGCGCCAGACUGGUGUACAGCAUACUGCAAGGACAACCAUAUUUCUCUGUGGAGCCUCAGACAGGUAUAAUUCGUACUGCCCUGCCAAACAUGGACCGUGAGGCACGCCAGGAGUAUGAUGUCGUCAUCCAGGCCAAAGACAUGGGAGGUCACAUGGGUGGGCUGUCAGGCACCACUGAGGUUAAAAUCACCCUCACAGACGUGAAUGACAACCCUCCAAAGUUCCCACAGAGUGUGUAUCCUAUGUCUGUAUCAGAGGAUAAAGUGCCAGGAGAGGAGGUGGGCCGUCUUAAGGCAAAAGACCCUGACCUCGGAGACAAUGGAAUGGUGAACUACCGCUUAAUAGAUGGAGAUGGAAUAGGCAUGUUUGAACUGUCCACUGACUCUGAGACCAGAGAGGCUGUCAUUAAACUGAAGAAGCCGGUGGACUUUGAAACUAAAAGGUCCUACACUUUGAAGGUGGAAGGAUCCAACCCUCAUGUCGACCCUCAGUUCCUCGCUUGGGGGCCUUAUAAGGACGAAGCCACAAUAAAGAUAUCAGUGGAGGAUGCAGAUGAGCCUCCUGUGUUUGUAGCUCCCAGUUACACUUUUGAGGUAGAAGAGAAUGCACCUGAAGGCACCCUGGUGGGACGAGUCCACGCCAAGGACACUGAUGUUGCCAACAACCCUGUCAGGUACAUGAUCCCUCGGUACACAGAUGUCGAGCAGUUCUUCAGCAUUAACUCAGAAGACGGUAUGAUUACCACAACGAGACCACUGGACAGAGAAGCACAGGCCUGGCACAACAUAUCUGUGUCAGCCACAGAGAUAGGAGGCCACCACCAGGACACCAAAGUGCGUGUUAACAUCAAAGUGAAAGACGUGAAUGACAACUCCCCAGAGUUUGCUACCAACAACGAAGUCCUUAUGUGUGAAACAGUUGUGCCAGGGAAGGUUAUUGAAACAGUAAGUGCAGUGGACAAAGAUGAGAUGGCUCACAGACAACACUUCACAUUCAGCCUCGCUCCAGAAGUCGCCCACAACCAUAACUUCUCUCUCAAAGACAACCGAGACAGCACAGCCAGUAUCUAUGUGCUCCGUAAAGGAUUCAGUCGCCUGACCCAAGAUGUUUACUACCUUCCCAUCGAGAUAAAUGACAACGGCUUCCCUGCAAUGAGCAGCACCAACACCCUGACCAUCAGAGUGUGUUCCUGUGACAGCAAAGACACCAUCCUCUCCUGUAACGUGGAGCCCUACGUCCUACCUGCUGGUCUCAGCACUGGGGCACUGAUAGCUAUACUGGCCUGUAUUGUCAUUCUGCUGGCAAUAGUGGUGUUGUUUGUUGCACUGCGGCGUCAGAAGAAGGAGCCAUUGAUAGUGUUUGAGGAGGAGGACAUCAGAGAGAAUAUUAUCACUUAUGACGAUGAAGGAGGUGGUGAGGAGGACACUGAGGCUUUCGACAUCGCUACACUGCAGAACCCAGAUGGUGCCAAUGGUUUCCUGCCAAGGAAGGACAUCAAACCAGAGCUUCAGUAUCCCCUUAGGCCCGGUAUUGGCCGUCCCGCAGCCAACAGUGUUGAUGUCGAUGACUUCAUCAAAACUCGCAUUGCAGAGGCUGACAGCGACCCGACUGCACCUCCCUACGACUCCAUUCAGAUCUACGGCUAUGAAGGCAGAGGAUCAUUGGCUGGCUCAUUGAGUUCCCUCGAGUCUGUCACAACAGAGUCUGACUUGGAUUAUGACUAUCUGCAGAGUUGGGGGCCGAGGUUUAAGAAGCUGGCAGAUUUGUAUGGGACCAAAGACUGCUCCAUUAAUGAUGGUGAUGAUGGUGAAGACUCUUAACAGUGGUCUUGCUGAGUGGACGCCCCUGAUUUCUGAUUUAUUGAUUCCAUGAGGUUUUGUUAACUGAGGGUUAACACUCCCCAGUUCCCAAUUGUUACCAACUACCAACCGAUCAAUUCAUGCCAAUUUGUCAACAAACGUUAACAGCUCUUCCUUCCCUGGCACCUCCCUGGUCCACCAAGAAGAUUUGUUAAUGAACACAUAAUGAACGCUUGGACUCAAACCGCUCCCAGUUUUUCCCAGUCUCUCCUUUCCCUCCUAUAUCUCUUUCCCUCUCUCUAUUUCUACAGACUUGAGCAUUGUAGGGCUGGGAGAUUUGUUAUGUCAACCAUUUGUCUGUUUGGAAGUAAAUUGCUGGGAAAAAAUGUUGCUGUAUGAUCAAAAUGACUUGCUUAUAGCAAACUGUUUAGUUUAUUAGAGGUUCUAUAUACUUUUGUGGACUGGAUUCACCUACUUCCUCGGUGGUACCUGAGAGAGAUUUUAUUCCCGUAACAGGUCCCAGUGGUCUUAACAGGUCAUAGUAGCUCUCUUUGUGAUGUAUGUAAAAGACGUACUAGAAAGAGAGGAAGAGAGAGCAAAUUAAAGUAAGUUAAAAGAAAAAAGUUAGUGUGGGAUACAGCAACUGCCUGAUUUUAUGAAAAAGAUAUGGAAGGUCACAAUGUGUCAGUAGGGUCAAACAGUUGAAACAAAACGCUUUUUUCACAUUUGUUGUUGUGUGUGCAGAAUUCAGCAGGUACUGUGGUUUAGAUGGCGUGACAGACUCUGGGUUGUUGAUACUUUGAAGAUGCUCACAGCAUCUUCACAGUAUGGUGGCCUUAUAAUAAAUAAACAACAACUCCAGGGGUAAACACAACAAGAGUAACAAUAGAGACCGCUAGCUUCAGUAGCUACACACAGACAAACACAUGAGGAUUGAGUAUCUGUGAAAAUGCUACUCAAAUACCAUUUUUUGUACUCCCAAAAAGAGACAAACUAAACAUGGAUUCAAUUUUAAAACUGUGGAUGAUUCUUGUUUUCAUUCUUCACUGCAAAGAAGACAUGACGCCCCGUCCCCAUCCACGCCCCUGUGUUCCCAUUCCUCCCAUCAACAAUCACUUCCCAUACCAAGUCCACCAAUGAAUGAUCACUUCCUCAUUUGGAGUCCACCAAUGAUGAUCAAUCACAAUGAGUAAAAACCUGUGAGCUCUAAAAAUCGCCUUAAACUUAAUGGACACUCUUGCAACGCAGUGCAUUCUCUUUUUUUCUCUUUUUGUUUCUUUUUGUAACUUGAAAAGUAUAUUCAGAAAGCAAACUAUUCUCCAUGUUAGGUAUGUACAGAGCAAUGUGCAGACAUGUGAUAAAUCACUUUGAGGAUCCAACUUGCGCCUCAAGCACUCUUAAAAUAGAAUGUACUGUUUCUGCUAGCACGGUAAAUGUAGUCCAAGUAAAUGUGCAUUGUGUUUUUUCCCAACACCAGCUAUGUUGGCAGCAACAUCUGUUGUAUCAACAUGUGUUGCUUUUUUAAAAAGGACCAGUGUGUAGGAUUUACCUCUGUUGGCAGAAGUAAAUAAUUAUUCAUAAUUAUGUUUAGGAGUUUAUAGUCACCUGAAACUAAGAAUUGUUGUGUUUUCCUUAGCUUAGAAUAAGCGCUUCAUAUCUACACAGGGAGCAGGUCCUCUGCCACGGAGCCCUCCAUGUUGCACCACCAAGUUUUACAGUAGCCCAAAAACACUGGCUCUAGAGAGGGUCUUUUUACUUUACCUGAAGACGACCAUAGGUUCUUCUACACACUUGGAAAAGGUGGGGUGAAGGAAGGGGUAUUCAGUUGGCUGUAGUCUGUAACUUCAUCCCUAGAUGCCACUAAAUCCUACACACUGGUCCUUAAAACAUAAAAUGUGCACAUUGGAAAAUAGCACAAGGUGUGUUUUCUGAGCCACAUAUACAAAGAGGCUGAAACCAGAACAUCCUUUUUAAGCGUGUAGGUUCUUGUUCAAUCUUUUUUAAUGUUAUUAUAUUAUUAUGGUUAUUAUUGUUGUUUUUUUAUUAUUAUUAUUAUCAUUAUUAUGACAAUAAUUGUUCUUUCUUUGGCUGCAGCUACACAGGCACCAAAUUAUGUUUAACUUUUUGUAGCUCAGAUUUGUUCUUAUGGUUGUCAAAACAUGGAGAGACUACAUGGUAUUCGAUUUUAACUUUGGACAGCUAUAAGAAAUUUACUGCCAAAAGUUUAACAUCAGCUUUGGUUUAUGCCUGUGUGAAUACAACCUGUCUUUCUUUUGAUUUUUUUGCUUUGUUUUUUUUUUUUUUCCAUUAUUUGGCGUUUUGUCGUUCUUUCUCCCUGUUCAAGAGGAAAACUAGCAAUCUGUGUUUGUUGCAGUGAGAGAACGCCUCGUUUUUAUUCUCUGUCAAGUUUUAUGGUACCGAUUUGUACAAUUUUAAAAGUUCUUAUUUUAGUAUACAUGCAGAAUAUUCCAGUAUUACAACAAAAACAUGUUAAGAAGAUAAGAUUAAAAAAAUGUUACAGCAUCACACUUAUAUUUUCUGAACAUUGUACUGUUGCUUUACUAUGUGCUUCAAUCUCCGAAGCGAAAAAAAAACUUUGAAAUAAAUGCUCUUUUUAUAAAAUGAUA